AUGCAGUCGCGUUUGUUGCCCUCCGGCCCUGGCAGGCGCUGGAUUUCUCUUCGCGUGCCGAACACGCCUCAACGACGUGCCUUCGCCUCCACCCGCUUCCUUUUCCAGGAUGUCUUCCAGUCCCAGCUGGACGACCCUUCCUCCGCCGCCCUCUUCUCCUCCCUGCAGUCCUCCCGGGCCGUGCCCCAGACCUUGACGGAAAAGAUCGUUCAGAAGUACGCCGUAGGUCUGCCCGAUGGCAAGUUUGUCAAGUCCGGCGACUAUGUGACUAUCGCUCCCCACCGGAUUAUGACCCAUGACAACUCUUGGCCCGUCGCAUUGAAGUUCAUGUCGAUCGGUGCCUCCAAGAUGCACGAUCCCAAUCAGGUCGUGAUGACUCUCGACCAUGAUGUCCAGAACAAAACAGAGAAGAACCUGCAAAAGUACCGCCAGAUCGAGGAGUUUGCCAAGCAACACGGUGUCGAGUUCUAUCCCGCCGGUCGAGGAAUUGGUCACCAAAUCAUGGUUGAAGAAGGCUUUGCCUGGCCCGGCACUCUGGUGGUCGCCUCGGACAGUCACAGUAACACUUAUGGUGCCGUGGCCUCCGUUGGAACUCCCAUCGUGAGAACCGAUGCGGCCAGUAUCUGGGCGACCGGUAAGACGUGGUGGCAGAUCCCCCCAGUGGCCAAGGUGACUUUUACCGGUAUCCUGCCCCCUGGCGUGACUGGCAAGGACGUCAUCGUUGCUCUGUGCGGUCUAUUCGACAAGGACGAUGUCCUGAACCAUGCAAUUGAGUUCACUGGCUCUGAGGAAACCAUGAGAAGCUUGCCCAUGGAUAGCCGGUUGACCAUUGCCAACAUGACGACUGAGUGGGGUGCUUUGUCAGGACUGUUCCCCAUGGAUGGUGUUCUGAAAGGCUGGUUGAAGGGCAAGGCUACCACUGCGGCCAUGGGCUUGGCUGAUGGGCCGUUCAAGACCCUGGCUGCUCGCAACUUCACCCACCCUGCCAUCGAGCAGCUUUUUGUGAACCCUCUCACUGCCGAUAAGGGUGCCAAAUAUGCGAAGGAGCUCUUCCUGGACCUUUCGACUCUUUCUCCCUACGUUUCCGGCCCCAACUCGGUCAAGAUUGCCACCCCCCUCAAGGAGCUGGAAGCCCAGGAUAUCAAGGUCGACAAGGCCUAUCUGGUUUCCUGCACCAACUCUCGGGCUUCGGACAUUGCUGCUGCUGCUAAGGUGUUCAAGGAUGCCGCGGAGAAGAACGGUGGGAAGGUCCCGAAGAUCGCUGAUGGCGUCAAGUUUUACAUUGCUGCCGCGUCCAUUCCCGAACAGCUCGCUGCGGAAGGAGCUGGUGACUGGCAGACCCUCCUGGAGGCUGGAGCAACGGCCCUCCCCGCUGGAUGCGGACCUUGCAUCGGUCUGGGAACGGGAUUGCUGGAGCCCGGCGAGGUCGGCAUCAGUGCGUCGAACCGCAACUUCAAGGGUCGCAUGGGUAGCACUGAAGCCAAGGCAUACUUGGGUAGCCCCGAAAUUGUUGCUGCCAGCGCCCUCAGCGGCAAGCUGAGCGGCCCUGGCUGGUACCAGCCCCCUGAAGGGUGGACCGAAGUUGUCCGCGGUGAGGGCGAUGGUAUCCGCGAGGAGGACCGCAUGCUCAAUACCGAGCAAGCUCUUGAGAAGCUCCUUGGUCAGUUGGAUGACCUUGUUGCCGAUGGGGAGAAGCGCUUCGCUCCGGAGGAGAAGGUUGAGGAAGAGGGUGGCCUGACGGAGGUGUAUCCUGGUUUCCCUGAACGCGUCUCUGGCGAGAUUGUGUUCUGUGAUGCUGACAACCUGAACACGGACGCCAUCUAUCCCGGUUACUGGACCUACCAAGACAAUGUCCCCGUGGAGAAGAUGGCUGAAGUAUGCAUGUCCAACUACGAUAAGGAGUUCGCCUCCAUUGCCAAGGAGGGUGACAUCCUGGUUGUCGGAUACAACUUCGGCUGUGGUAGCUCUCGUGAACAGGCGGCCACUGCUCUCUUGGCGAAGCAGAUUCCCCUGGUUGUUUCGGGUAGCUUUGGCAACAUCUUCUCCCGGAACAGCAUUAACAAUGCUCUCAUGGGUCUGGAGGUCCCUCGCUUGGUUAGCCGUCUGCGCGAGGAGUUUGGCGACAAGCAGCUUACCCGUCGGACCGGUUGGACCCUGACCUGGGAUGUCCGGCGCAGUCAGAUUGAGAUCCAGGAAGGCCAGAACGGACCCAAGUGGACUCACAAGGUGGGCGAGCUGCCGCCCAACGUGCAGGAGAUCAUUGCGAAGGGUGGUCUGGAGAAAUGGGUCAAGAACGCCAUUGAGGCGUAG